CUGAAAAUGGCGGAGAUAGGGACACUUGAUUCCUUCUUUUCCAUGAGAGAUUAUAGUUUAUAGUUUCGUUUAUUCGCAAAACUGCAAACAUGCGUCGUGGACCGGGAGGAGUUGGUGCUAUUAACAAGCAUCGCCUUGCCAAGGCUAAGUAUGCCGAGAAAGGAACCGAAAUUGCUGACAUACAGCUUUCUCAGAUGGGUAAACAAUUAGACUCGUUUAAAAACUAUCUAGAGGACUUUGCAAGCAAGCAUAAAUCAGAUAUUAAGAAGAAUCCUGAGUUUAGAGGUCAUUUCCAGAAGAUGUGUGCAAGAAUUGGAGUGGAUCCAUUGGCAUCAAGCAAAGGAUUUUGGGCUGAACUGCUAGGAGUGGGGGACUUUUAUUAUGAGCUGGGGGUUCAGAUUGUAGAAAUCUGCAUGGCCAUGAGACCUAAGAAUGGAGGGUUAAUGACUCUUGACAGCCUUCACAAAGCUAUCCUCAAGUCAAGUAAAGCAAGACAAGAUGUGACUGAGGACGAUCUGGAGAGAGCAAUAAAAAAGCUGCAUGCUUUAGGCAGUGGUUUCCAGGUAAUUGUGGCAGGAAACAGAAGACUUGUCCAGUCAGUACCAGGGGAACUAAGCAUGGAUCACACAGAUGCUCUCAAGCUAGCACAGGGUAAAGGUUUUACAAGCGUCACAGCAUUAAAAAGAGACUUGGGCUGGGACGAAGAGCGGGCUUGUCGGGCCUUGAAUCAUCUUGUCCACGAGGAGCUGGCAUGGGUUGAUGACCAGGAAGGCACAGAAAGACACUUCUGGUUCCCAACGCUCUUCCCUGACCCAUUAAACGAGUCCUAGUUUAGGAUUAAAUUAAUCAUCUUUCACUAGGAGAUCUAUCCCUGAUCCAUUUAACGGGUCUUAGUUUAGGGUUAGUCAAAUAAAUUUAUCAUUAUUUAGUUUUGCGUUUAGAGAUACACUUCUAACUAUGAAAUAUAGCCGAAAAUAUAGGUUGGCACACAGGAAAAUUGUGGACUGCUGAAUCGUUCCAAAUCUUUUGUGAUAAAAAAGAGCUAAUUAAAAUCUUCAACGAUAAGAAUA